AUAAAAAAGUCCGGGUCGCUACUGGGGAGGUCGAAUUAACGAAACAUGACUGGGCUGAAAUAGUUAAGUGUCAUGAAUUUUUAGAUGAAAUUAAUAAUGCUGCUUACCACCCCACGCAAAUUAAGAAAGGUCAAAUUGACUAUGAAAUUUAUAAUUUAACUGUAAAUAGUGACACGAUUAAUGAAACAACAAUUAAAGUUGAAGUAUUAAAAGUAGAAAAAGAAGAAUUAGACAAAGUUAAAAAGUUUGAUAUUGAGGACAAAUUCACUGCUCGACUAGAUAAUUUGGAUUAUGCUAAAUUACCUGAUGGUUAUAAAAGAGAGAAUUUAGAAGAAUUUGCCGAUGAUUGGUUAAAUAGAUUACUUGAUAAUGUUUUUAUUGACGAGUUUAUCAACCAAGGAGAAAAAACGAAACAAUUUGCCGAGGAACUAGGCAAUCGAGAGGCUGUUUUGGCUUAUCGCAAGCAAAAAGUUGUUAGUGGUGUUGAAAUUGAAAUUACUGGGAAACAGGCUGGUCAAAUUAGUAUCUAUGAUGAUACUGGUCAGAUUUUUGUUGUUCAUAUGGGGAAAGAAUUUAACCCUUUAAUAACUUCAUUCGACCAAGCCGAAAAAGAACUUUGGAUUGAGGAUUUUCGAAGGAGAAGCGGAAUGAGAAGUUUAGUUGAUGAAGAUGAAAUAUGGGAUUAUAGCAAGAAUGGAGAG